ACUACUAUAUAACAAAUAAUUUGAGAAUGUUGGAGCUAUUUUCUAUCUUUACCAAGGGUGGUAUCGUCCUAUUCUGUUUCCAAGGAGCCUGUACCCAGCUCAUCUCCUCAACUCAUGCAGUUAAUGAGUCCAUCAAAAACAUACUUAUACAGGGCAGCCCCAGCAACCAGCACAACCACAAGAACCUAACAAUCCAACUGAAACUGGAUAACGAGUUUGAACUUGUGUUUGCCGUUGUUGUUCAGAAGAUGCUCCAACUCUCUUAUCUUGACAAACUGAUCGACUCUAUCCAUCUGGAGUUCAGAGAUAAGUAUAAGAACGAGCUGAGAGACGGCACCCUGUGGCUCAACGGCUGUAACUUCGACUCUGAUUUCAGUGGGAUCCUAAGCAAGAUAGAGGGGGAACAUAGAGUAGAGAAGUCAGCUCCACGUGCUAUGAAGCAGUUCACUCAGUCAAAGAAGUUCGAAAAGACAGCAACUGCCAACAAAGCCAUGUUUGAACAGGAUAAGAGUGUAGCGAGUACGGCGGCGCGUCUGGCGACUGCUGUGAUGGGAACAGCCAGUUCAGAGCCUCCUGCUGAGAAACCAAAGACUGACGUGGAAAUAGCAAGAGAGAAUAUGAAGAAGAAGAAAGCAGCUAAGAAGGGAAAGAAAAAACCAGAGGAGCCAGCUGCACCACCAGUGAAAGUUCCUAAGAAAGGAAAGAAAGGAAAAGAAGCCCGUUCCUGGGAUAUGGGAGGGAAAAGCACUGAGGGGAUAGACUUCAGCUCAGAGCCCCAGAACGGAAUACAGAGUGCCAACUUAAAAGAUGAGUCUCACUUAAAGGGUACCAUGUCAGGAGAUCUGAAUGGAGUGGGAGACGACUGGAGUGAGAGUGAGGAUGAAGAGGAUGAGGAAGUUGUUGACAACUCAGUGAGCAAUGGACCUUCUGGUAAAUCAUCUGGAAUGUUCUCCUUCUUAAAAAACAUCAACUUCUCUACCCAACAAACCGUAACCAGCGAAUCUCUUGAACCAGUACUGGAGAAGCUAAAAGAACACCUGACAUCAAAGAAUGUGGCUGCGGAGAUCUCUAUCCAGUUGUGUGAUACACUGGAAAGUAGUCUGGUUGGGAAGAGUUACAGUACGUUUACUGGACUUACUUCUACUGCUAAACAGGCUCUUAGUGACGCACUUACUAAGAUUUUAUCUCCCAAACAUCGUGUAAACGUGUUGCGUGACGUAAUGGAGGCUAAAAGUAAGGGCCGCCCGUACGUGAUAACGUUCUGCGGAGUAAACGGGGUGGGUAAGAGCACUAACCUGGCUAAAGUGUGUUUCUGGUUACUGGAUAACGGCUACAGAGUUCUAGUGGUCGGGGGAGAUACUUUCAGAGCCGGUGCUGUCGAGCAGCUGCGCACCCACGUGGUAAGACUUGCUAACUUAUACUCGGAGGACCAGGUCCAACUCUACGAACGAGGAUACGGCAAGGAUCCGGCAGGUCUAGCGUUUGAAGCUAUAAAGUACGCCAAUGAGCGGCGUUACGAUGUGGUCCUGGUAGAUACAGCUGGGCGUAUGCAGGAUAACGAACCCCUGAUGAGAGCACUUAGUAAACUAGUGGCUCUUAACACACCUGAUCUUACUCUGUUUGUUGGAGAAGCGCUUGUGGGGAAUGAGGCUGUUGACCAGCUUGUCAAGUUCAACCAGUCCCUCAUUGAUCACUCUUCUACUGCAUUGGCUGGGACUAAGUCCGUUAUCGACGGUAUCCUUCUCACUAAAUUUGAUUGUAUUGAUGAUAAAGUUGGAGCCGCUAUCUCCAUGACUUACAUAACAGGACAGCCGAUAAUAUUUGUUGGAACGGGACAGCAGUAUCCUGAUUUGAAGUCUCUGAAUGUGAAAAGUGUCGUGUCUGCUCUGCUGAGAUAAUUAUUACAGUUUUCAGUUUUAUUUCGUUGAUAAUUUGAUUGAUUGUAUUCUUCAGGUGUUUAAAAUGUGAUUUGACUAUGUAAUAUGAUGUAUAAAAGCCAAAAUAAAUUACGCAAUUUUUAUUGUAGUUGUGGAAUAUUAUUUGGAACGCGCUGCCGACAUACCUUUGAAAUAUAACGAAAGGACCUCUCUUUUUGCGCAAGUUACGUAAUUACACGUACCGGCCCGGCCGGCCGGCGGCCACGCGACGCGCGCGCAGGCAUAUUUCUACUUAAAGUGUAUUAGAACCAUGUAGAUCUCAAAUGACGUCAUCUAGUAUCUAGGUUGUUUUUUGUAGACACUUCCUGAUCAAUACCAAUCAGACAGUCUCUCGACCCUUCUUUGUAGAAAAUGCUCCCAUUUCUCAAGAAAUAGCAUUUGAUUAAAAUUGAAUGUCAGCGUUCCAAAUAAUAUUCUAAAAUUGGUUGGACAGAAACAUGCACA